AUUUUAUCUAUUAUAACCCAUUCAUUCGAUUCGAUAUCCAAUUGCAAGAGCUGAAGGAGAAAGACCACCGAUGGUCAUGGCUCUGGCAGUGGCAGUAGUGCAUCCACAUGCUUCCUUUUCUGCGUCUUCCUCGUCUUUCUUCGCCCAUCAAAGAGUCCCCCGCAUCUUGUUGUCCAAAUCUCGAAGCAACUCCAGUAACAGUACCAGCCUACCAGCUUCCAUCUGCAAAGCUUCAUGGCAAGAGCUUGCUGGAGUGGUGAUAUUCUCAGCAAUUCCAUUCACGGCUGUGAAAGCCAUCGCCAAUAGCCCACUUGGAGAGUCUCUCCAGAGGCGAUUGGAAGAGAGGAAGAAACUUGCCGUUCAACAAUCUUCCAAGUUCAAAGCUUUAGCCCAAAAGGCCCGUAAAGAGAGCUUCUGGUAUGGAGAGGAGCGCCCUAGGUGGCUCGGUCCCAUUUCGUACCAGUACCCAACAUAUCUUCGUGGAGAGCUGCCAGGGGAUUAUGGCUUUGAUGUUGCGGGUCUAGCUGAGGAUCCGGUAGCUUUCCAGACAUACUUCAAUUUGAUUCCAUUUUUGUGCAGCUUUGAAAUACUUCAUGCUCGCUGGGCUAUGCUUGCUGCUCUCGGUGCUCUGAUUCCAGAAGUAUUGGAUUUGUCAGUUUGCAUCAAUCUUCAAGAGAUAUUCGUGUUUAAAGAUAUUCCUAAUUCCCUAUUCUUGGGAGAUACACUAGACUACCUUGGCAUCCCUGGACUCCACUUCGCCGGGGGGCAAGGGGUGCUUGUAAUUGCUUUCUGUCAAGCCAUACUAAUGGUUGGGCCGGAGUAUGCAAGAUACUGUGGAAUUGAGGCUUUGGAACCUCUGGGAAUUUAUUUGCCAGGAGAUAUCAAUUACCCUGGGGGAAUCCUCUUCGAUCCCUUGAACCUCUCCAAAGACCCUGUAUCUUUUGAGGAGUUGAAGGUGAAGGAAAUUAAGAAUGGGCGCCUAGCAAUGGUUGCCUGGUUAGGCUUUUACAUCCAAGCAGCUUUGACUGGUAAAGGGCCCAUUGAGAACCUUGUCGAGCACAUAUCAGAUCCCCUUCACCACAAUCUGUUUUCCACGCUCAAGUUGGUGUAGAUAUUUCUCUUAGGCGUCCAGAAAGGUACAUACGAGGUAUCGUUCCUCCGUCGUAGUCCGUCCGGCGACCCAAUUAGAUCAGAAAGGUACAAAAUGCAAUAUAACCCCGUAGAAAGGUACUGUUGAGUGUUAAGCAAGGUGUCUCUUGCGAAUUCAGCAUCAAAUAUCAAUGGCUGAUUGGUUUUGCUCA